CUGCUCAACAACAAACACUGCUGUAAAGGUGUUUUAGUUGUCACAAAAAUGGAUGGGGCUUCUUGUGAGAAGUCUUGGAACCAGCUUCAGUUCAUGGGUGGCUCCAACAAUGUAUCCUCAACUAGAACCAUCCGGCUACGGGACAUUUAUGAUCCCAAACCUCAACCUCCCAAAGCCCCCGUCCGGAUCCGCCCUCCAAGUCCAAGACCUCCACCCGUGAAGGAGCCCAGUUCAAGGCAAAGUCUUUCCAGUGAUCCCUCAACCAAGACCAUCAUAAGGAGACGGGCUCAGUCUCUUCCAUCGUCUGCAGAGCGCAAGAAGGAACUUAGGAGUGUACAAGUACGCUUUGUGGACUCACUGGGUCUUCAGCUAGAGGAAGUUAAGGUUUUCAAAGUUCAAGAGUGUCCCAUUAUACCCCAACAUGUUAUAUUCAGGCUGCUGAUGAGCUCUGAAUUGGCUUUUGGGAAGUCCCUGGAGCUGUCACUGCCUUACUUCAAACCCUGUUUUCCUGAAAAUAUGGGUGCUCAGCCGGACUUCCUGACACGGCUGCACACACAGCGCGUGUGUCUUGAGCAGAUCCAAUGUUCAGAGCAGGGGAUAACAGGCACCAUACAAGUAUUUAAUGUAGCCUAUGAGAAAGAAGUCACAGUACACUACUCUUUCACCAACUGGAGAACACACACAAAUACAGCAGCAUCCUGGCUAUCGAGUGUAUACCGUGAGGGGUGUGACUCUCCAGUACUGGACGUCUUCAGGUUUCGUCUUCCUGUCCCACCGUUCGCUUUGCAGCCAGGGGCUAGCUUGGAAUUUGCAAUCUGCUACCACGUAAAAGGAUCUGAUUACUGGGACAACAACAACGGCAAUAAUUACAAACUUUCAUGCCACAGCUACAAGGUGACCGUGCCAAGGGAGUGUGAAGAUAGCAUGCUACAUUUCACCUGA